AUGUCAGCCCCGACACCAGCCCCUGGGCUGAAUGUCAUCGCCUUGAUAUCUGGCGGGAAAGAUUCCCUCUACUCCAUUCUGCACUGCAUCAGCAACGGCCACAAAGUUGUCGCACUGGCCAAUCUGUACCCAGAACCGCGCCAGGCAAGCACCCAGGAUGACGACGAAGACAUCGACAGCUUCAUGUACCAGACCAUUGGCCACAGCGUGAUACCUCUCUAUGAACAAGCCCUUCGAAUCCCUCUAUACCGCCAACCCAUCUCGGGCGGUGCUGUCGACACAGCCCGCAUCUAUGGACAUGCCACCAACCACGAAGACGAGACCGAGUCCCUCGUACCACUUCUCCAACGCAUAAAACAGGCACACCCAGAAGCAAAUGCUGUCUCGGCUGGCGCGAUCCUUUCCACUUAUCAGCGCACCCGCAUUGAAAAUAUCGCAAACAGACUCAGCCUCGUGCCCCUCGCUUGGCUGUGGAUGUAUCCGUCCCUCCCACCCCCAGAUGCCAGAAAACAGGACCUGUUGGCUAUCAAGCAGACUGGGUUAUUGGAAGAUAUGGCUGCAGUGAGAUGUGAUGCCCGGAUCAUCAAGGUUGCCUCGGGCGGGUUGGACUCGGGAUUCCUGUGGGAGAACGUGUCCGGUGCAGAGAGUGGUGGGCGCAUUAUGAGGCGACGGAUCACGAAGGCUAUGAGUCGGUUUGCAGGGGCAGAGGAUAUUCGAGGCGCGGUCCUGGGCGAGGGCGGCGAAUAUGAAACGCUUGCGCUUGAUGGGCCGGGUUUCUUGUGGAAGGAGAGGAUCGAGGUCAGCGCCAAGGAGGAGAAAACUGGUGAAGGGGGUGUGGCAUUUGUGAAACUGCGACAAGCUCGGUGUACCCCCAAAUCGGACAGAGAUAUUGCGGAUGGUGUGAAGCCUAGUGAUGUUCGGAGACCGGGAUUACUGGACGGGGCUUUCGAGUCGGUCCUCGGCUCUAGACUGGAUGUUUCUUGGUCUGGUGGAUCGAGGAAAAGUGCCAGCAUGGCUCGGUCGCCGGCAUGGUCAGGUUGUGAGCAUGUGCAUCGGCUGACUGGCUCGAGUUGGACUGUUUCGAAUAUCAUUGCGCCCGAGGCUGGUCCCGGGGCUGGAGAGCAGAUGAAGGGGAUUGUACACAAGGUUGAGCAGAUCUUGAAAUCUUUUGAUCAUGCUGAGUCGGGACCUCGUUCAACAGAGGACAUUGUUUUUGCCACUGUGCUGUUGAAUUCAAUGGCCGAUUUCGGUUCAAUGAACGAUAUCUACGUCUCUAUGUUCAGCAAGCCCAAUCCCCCAGCGCGAGUCACAGUAGCUUGUGGGGAUCGUUUGCCUUCCAACGUCAAAGUCAUGAUUACCUUUGCAAUUGACCUGGGCGCAAGAGACCGCCGUCAGGGCUUGCAUGUACAGUCCAGAUCUUACUGGGCCCCGGCGAAUAUAGGACCAUACUCACAAGCUAUGUCGGUUCCUCUGCAAAAUUCUAGCAGGCUGGUGUACAUUGCAGGUCAAAUUCCUCUCGACCCGGCUUCUAUGAAUAUGACACAGGUUCCGGGACCCUGGCAUGAAGGCUACUGUCUUCGGGCUUUACUGGCGCUCCAACACCUGUGGAGAAUUGGUGAAGCCAUGCAGGUGGAUUGGUGGCUGGGCGCAGUUACUUUCCUGACCGGCGAAGAGCAUGCCGAUGCCCAGGCCCAGGUAGCGUGGCGCCUCUGGGAGAAGAUGCAUACCUUACCAGACAACGAAGAUGACGACGACGAUGAAGGGCCGCAGCUGGAUGCGUGGGACAUAAAGUACGGACGUCGCACGGAAGAUCCGACCGAUAUUGUGGCGCCUGGCCUGCCAAAAUUCACAGCUCUGGUUGAAUCCACCACAUCUAUCCCACCAUUUUUGGCUGUUCAAGUGGAGCAACUUCCCCGAGGAAGUGACAUUGAAUGGCAAGGGCUGGGUAGCCGAUGUGAACAAGCCAAACAGGACAUUAAAGGAGCGAUAGCGUCCACCACUGUGGACGGCCAGUUCAAGUAUACUAGUAUCGAGAUCGACGCAGGUUCGUCGGUUGAUAUCCUGGAGCAGAGUCUGAGAUCAGUGAUAGAGACCCACUGUCGAGAUUCAAGAUUGUCCCAGGCUAUUCUAUACACCACACACUCGCUAUCCGAGACCUCUUGGCCAGGACAGGUUGUCCCGUGCAGAUCAGUAUGGGGGCGAGAAGGGCGCAGACUGAGCGCAGGCGUGGUUCUGCAACAACUCACUUAG